AGAUUAAGUGGGUCCCACUGACGGCGAGACGAAAGUCUCUUCCGAUCUACUGUGAUGUGAGGAGUUGCAGUUCAAGGAGACGGAGAGAAGAGGAGAGAAGAGAAAGGAAGAGAAGAACUCUAUCUCUUUCUCUUUUGUUCUUUGAUUAGAUCAUGCAAGGAGCUGCUUCUAUCUGACCAUGAAAGGCGAUUUUCGUCAAAUGAUUCCGCUUCCCAGGAGGUUUAUUCGGAAGUACGAGAAGGACUUAUCCAGCAUUGCCCUUCUGAAGGAUCCCAACGGCAAAGUAUGGCAUGUAGGACUGAAGAGAAGUGCGGGCAGAGUUUUCCUCCAAAACGGUUGGCCGGAAUUUGUAGAACACCACUCUUUAUGCAACAGGCAUGUUUUAGUUCUCAAAUAUAAGGGAAACUCAAUGUUUGAGGUUCUAAUAUUCGAUAACAGUGCCGGUGCGAAGAAACAUGAAGAAUCCAGUUCUAGCAAGUGUCAGGAUCCAAAUUACGAAUCCGAAAGUUCCAUCGAAAUUCUUGGUGUUUGUACUCCACAUAAAGCUCAUCUUACUAAACAACCAUCCAAAAGAAGGGGUGGCGGCCGUAUACCGUUACUAAGAUCACAUGGCCCACCUGUUAUGCCCAAUGUGAUGGAAACUGAAACUAAGUGUAACAAGCGUAGAAAUAGAAAUGAAGAACUUUUGAAUGGAACAGAGAUGCGAAGCUCAAAAUGGAUGGGUAAUGUACUAGAGCCAAGGCAAUCUACUCAUCUGAAAUCAGCUCAACCAGAUAUAGUACAAGUGCCAAGGCUAUCUACUCAUCUGAAAUCAGCUCAACCAGAUAGAGUACAAGUGCCAAAGUUGCCUCAAGAAGUUGAAUUGAAUAAUCACAAGCGAAAAGAUGGCAAUGAAGAUCCGUCCUUCCAGUCUGUGAAUCUGAGCACUGCGUCUGAAGGGUCUUUUCCUCAUGGAGCUUGUAAUGGUAUUUUGAUGGAUGCAAUUGAAAACAAAAACCAGCAACCUAUUGCGCGAUCUACUCAUCUGAAACCAGCUCAAUCAGAUAUGCAACAUGUGCAAAAAUUACCUCAAGAAGUUGAAUCAAAUCAUUACAAGCGAAAAGAUGGCAAUGAAGAUCCGUCCUUCCAGUCUGUGAAUCUGAGCACUACAUCUGAAGGGUUUUUUCCUCAUGAAGUUUGUAAUCGUAUUUCGAUGGAUGCGAUUGAAAACAAAAGCCAGCAACCUAUUAGGCGAUCUACUCGUCUGAAAUCAGCUCAAUCAGAUAUGCAGCAUGUGCAAAAAUUACCUCAAGAAGUUGAAUCGAAUCAUCACAAGCGAAAAGAUGGCAAUGAAGAUCCGUCCUUCCAGUCUGUGAAUCUGAGCACUGCGUCUGAAGGAUCUUUUCCUCAUGAAGUUUGUAAUCAUAUUUCGAUGGAUGCGAUUGAAAACAAAAACCAGCAACCUAUUAGGCGAUCUACUUGUCUGAAAUCAGCUCAAUCAGAUAUGCAGCAUGUGCAAAAAUUACCUCAAGAAGUUGAAUCGAAUCAUCACAAGCGAAAAAAUGGCAAUGAAGAUCCGUCCUUCCAGUCUGUGAAUCUGAGCACCGCGUCUAAAGGGUCUUUUCCUCAUGAAGUUCCCCAUGGUAUUUUGACAGAUGAGAUUGAAAAUGAAAACUGGCAACCUAUUAGGCGAUCAACUCAUCUGAAAUCAGCUCAAUCGGAUACACUGCAUGUGCCAAAGUUACCUCAAGAAGUCAAAUCGAAUCAGUCCAAGCAAAAUGAUGGCAAUGAAGGUCCAUCCUUUCAGGCUAUGAAUCUGAGCACUGACUCUAGAGGGUGUUUUCCUCGUGGCAUUCGUAAUGAUGUUUUGACAGAUGAGAUUAAAAAUGAAAACCAGCAACCUAUUAGGAAAUGGGACGGCUUAGGAGAGCUGCGACGGUCAAUUCGCCAUAGCUUGAUUCAAGCUAGUGGGAGAGAGGUAAGAGGAUUAGGUGAUGUAAUUGAAUCCAAUCGUGUUGAGCAAAAUACUACUAGAGAGGAUUUUUCAUUUUACCCAAAGGAUCUGCCUCUUGAAGGUGAAAUUCAAAAUCGUAUCUCAUGGAAUAAGGCUGCAAUAGAAUGCAUACAGCCAUCCAAUGGAAUGGACAAUGUAACAGCACCACUAUGGUUGGAACGCAUCAAAUCAUUUCAAUCCAAUGGGAAGAAACACGAAGAAUCGAAUUAUAACAAGAAUUGUCAGGACUCAAAUUAUGAUUUGGAAAAUUCUGUGGAAAUUCUCGGUGUACGUACUGCUGAAGGUGAGGGCGAUAACCUGCGACCAAUCAAGAGAAAGGGUGGCCGUAUACCGUUUCUACGAUCACAUGGCCCACCUCCUAAGUCCUGUGUGAUGGAAAUUGAAUCAAAGUGUAACAAGCGUAAAAAUAGGAGUGAAGAUCUUUUUAUUGAGCCAGAGGUGCCGAACUCCAAACAAAAGGGUGAUGUACUAGAGCCAAGGCGAUCUACUCGUCUGAAUUCAGUUCAAUCCAAUAUACCACAUGCGCAAAACUUAUGUCUACAAGUUGAAUCGAAUCAUCACAAGCAAAAAGAUGGCGAUGAAUAUUUGUCCUUUAAGUCUGUGAAUCUGAGUGCUACGUCUAAAGGGUCUUCUCCUCGUGAAGUUCGUGAUGGCAUUUUGACGGAUGAUAUUAAAAAUGAAAAGCAACAACCUAUUAGAAAACAAUGCAGCCUAGGAGUGCAGCGACAGUCAAUUCGUCUUAGAUCGAUUCAGUUUGGUGGGAGAGAGGUGAGAGGAUUAGGUGAUGUAAUUGAAUCCAAACAUGUUCAGCAAAAUACUGCCAGAGAAGAAUUUUCACUCUAUCCUAAAGAUCCAGUGGUUGAAUAUGGAGUUCAAAAUGGUAUUUCAUGCAAUAAAGUGGUAAUAGAGGGCCUACAGCUGUCCAAGAAGAGGAACAAUGUAACAGCACCACGACGUUCAGAACGUGUUAAAUCAUUUCAAUCAGAUGGUAAGCGUUUGUAUGGAUCAGUUCAUGAAUGUGGGCCAGACUGUAAGAAGAUACAUGAUGAAAGUGAACAGACUCCUCUUUGUACAUUGAGUGAAGAGUUUUCAACCACUGUUGAGAAUCAAAGAACUGAAUCUGACAAGCACGUUUCUCCUUCCAAGAAUGUGGAGCAUUUGCAAGGACAAGGACAUUGCGUGGACAUGACCCCCCCAAAAAGUAUAUACUACAGAUUUAUAUCGAAAAGGAGACCUGUUACAGCUGAAGAAAGACACAGAGCAAAGGAAGAAGCCCGAAAAUUCAACUCUAACAACCCAUUCUUUGUAGUAGUUAUGCCAGCAAGCUACGUGUAUUGCAGAUAUUUUAUGUACAUCCCACAUAAAUUUGCUGAAGAUUACAUCCCGAGAGAAGUGCGAAGCAUCACCCUUGCAGAUUUAGAUGGGAAAAGAUGGCCUGUGACAUGUAUACAGAGCAGAUAUGGAGCUGGACUAGGCAAAGGAUGGGCGGCAUUUGUGUGGAAAAAUAACCUGGAAGAAGGGGAUGUAUGCGUGUUUGAGCUUGUUAACAGGGAGAAGUUUGAACUUAGAGUUCUCAUUUCCCGAGUCGUUGAAGAAGUGGUGCCGUUUGUCAGAGCCUCGGAGAUAAAACAGGACAGGAAGGUUACAAGUAGCUAAAGAGGUGAGGCAUUGUCCUUUGC